CUAGAUCUGUGGACGUUGGGGGAGGAUAGUGGUGAGCGGUGGAGUAGUGUUGAGGCUGAGGCUGAUGGGCGGUGAAGUAGUCUAGCCUCUCCCUUCUCCGAUUCUGCAACACGACGAUAGAACGAGGAGAUGGACCUUUCUGGCGGAGAAUUUCAGCUGUGUCUCAAGCCCUUUCCGAAAAGUCCAGCGACCUCCUCCCGGCGCGGCUCUCUUCUCCGGAAUUCGGUCGGGCACAGCGACGCAGAUCCCUGAUUUCCCCUCCCAUUCGGGUUGCAGCGGCGAACCAGCAAUUCCGGCGAACCUUCUCUGCUUGGAGAUUUGUUCCGUAUCAGAUGGCAGGGCUGGUAAAAGGAGAGGGAGAGGGAGGGCAAUUCAGACAAAUUACACUCAUAUUCAACACCAGGAAGCUUAUUCCCAGAUGAAGGGAGUAAACCAUUAGACAGAAUCUUAUAAAAUAUAUUAAAAUCUAUCAAAAUCUGCAUGGACUUAAAAGAAUUCAUAAAUUUUAUAUAAUCUAAAGAUUUUAAACAAUUUAUUGAAAUCUUUCAUAAUGCUGAUUGAAUACACCCUUAAAUCAAAAUAUAAAUUUUAUUGUGCAUGGCAAAGAAAAAAGGGAGAUGCUAGGGAUACACCUACCUCAUUUGUACACCACUCUCUUCUCCACCACACAUUUUUAUUUUAUUUUUAUUUACUUAUCUUUUUAAAUUUUUUUUUUGUCUUUUUAUUGGACAAGGAGGGGGUGUGGAACAUAUGGGUACACCAAGGUGUACCCUAGCAUUUUUCAAGAAAAAAAUAACCCUUUUUGUUUCUUUUUGGUUAUCCAAUUCAUUCAAUCUAAGAUUACAAAUACACAAGAAAGAAGAGACGAAGCAACACUCUCUUCAUCUACAAUCAUAAAUGAGACAAAGAAUCCAUCAAAGGUUCAUUUCCAGCGGAUCAGCCCCAGUUGUUGUAACCAGUCCAGUCCCCACUCAAGAAAACAUAACCCGUCUGAUUCUUGAUCAGAAAUCUGCUUCCGAAGCUCUCCAAACCUUCAGAUGGGCAUCCAGUCUUCCCCAUUUCACCCACUCCCAGUCCACAUUCAGAGCUCUGGUUCACAAGCUCUGCGCUUUCCGGCGUUUCGAAACCGUCUACCAACUGCUCGACGAAAUGCGCAGCUCAAGCUGCGUGUCCCCUGACGAAGGCGUUUUUGUCACUGUCGUCCGUGGCCUGGGCCGGGCUAGAAUGAUCAGGGAAGUGAUCAGAGUUCCAGAUUUGGCCUCCAGGUUCGGUCUGGCCCCGAGUCUGAAGCUCAUGAAUUCGAUUCUUGAUGUUUUGGUCAAGGAGGACAUUGAUAUUGCCAGGGAGUUUUACAGGAAGAAGAUGAUGGGAUGCCAUGGCGUUGUUCGAGGAGAUGAUUACACUCAUGCGAUUCUAAUGAAAGGGCUCUGCGCCACCAACAGAAUCCGGGACGGAUUCAAGCUUCUGCAGGUGUUGAAGACCCGGGGCGCGAAACCAAACAUUGUUAUAUACAAUACACUCUUGAGUGCCCUUUGCAAGAAUGGGAAGGUUGGGAGGGCAAGGAGUUUGAUGAGGGAAGUAUCUGAACCCAAUGACGUGACUUUCAAUAUCUUGAUUUCUGCUUACUGUAAAGAUGAUAAUCUAGUGCAGGCAUUGGUUAUGCUGGAGAAGAGCUUCAGCAAAGGGUUUGUUCCUGAUGUUAUAACAGUGACCAAGAUAUUGGAAAUCCUAUGUAACAAAGGGCGUGUCUCUGAGGCCGUUGAGGUCCUACAAAGAGUAGAGGAGAGCAGAGGGACGAUUGAUGCAGUGGCUUAUAAUACACUGAUAAAAGGCUAUUGCAGGUUAGGGAAGGUCAAAUUUGGGCGUCGGCUAUUGACUGAGAUGGAGAGGAAAGGGCACUUGCCAAAUAGAGACACGUAUAACUCUUUGAUAUCUGGUUUAUGUGAGUGUUCUAUGUUGGACAUGGCUCUUGACAUGUUUAAUGAAAUGAAAAUGGUUGGGUUGAAGUGGAAUUUUGCCACUUAUGAUGCUCUAAUCCACGGGCUUUGUUCCGUUGGGAGGACUCAAGAAGGGCUCAAGAUCUUAGCUUUAAUGGAGGAGAGUAAAGGGGAGAUUCACAUAAGGCCUUAUAAUGGGAUCAUAUAUGGCCUUUACAAGGAAAACCGUUUGGACGAAGCGUUUGGAUUCUUGAAGAAUAUUGAUAAUAUAUUUCCACGGUGUGUAGAUAGGAGCCUUAGAAUUCUCCAAUCGUGCAAAGAUGGAAGCAUUGACGAAGCGAAAAAGUUUUAUGUUCAGAUGAUAGAGGAAGGUGGCAUUCCAUCUGCAUUGGUUUAUGCAAAUCUAAUCCAUACAUUUUGUGAGAAAGAACGGUUAAGGGAAGCCAUCGAGGUGAUGGAUGAGAUGGCCGGGCACGGCUAUCUUCCAGUGGCUUCCAUGCUCAACGUGAUGAUCAAAGGGCUUUGCGAGAAGGGUAAAAUUGGAAACGCCUUAAAGUUCAUGGAGGAUAUGAUGGGAAGAGGUUGCUUACCUGAUGCAGAAAGCUAUGGUUUGUUUCUUGAAUCCUUUUGUAGUAAAGGGGAGUUCCACAAAGCUUUCAUCAUCUUUAUGCAAAUGGUGGAAAAGGGUAUAAUUCCAAACUUUUCUUCAUGGAAUACAUUGGUGCAAUGUCUGUGUCGAGAACACCAAAGUAUGUGUUGUGUGGGUGACAAACUUUGUUUCAUUAUAGAAGCUUGAUAUCAAAAUUUGAACAUUUUAAGGAAAAUGAUUCAUCCGACGUGUCAUUUUACAUGAAUCUGGCAAUAAUCCCUUGGGGUUUGGGAGGUCAAUAUGUACUCCCUUGGGGUAUGAUGAUCCGUAAAAUUCAUGGUUCCUACCCCUAAUCCCUCCAGCCCAACCUGACCCGAACGCACUCCCCCAACCCCUUCAAUUUCAUCCCCGAAAUUUAGUUAACUUUGU